UGUGAGGCUCUCUGCAGGAGUCUCCACCGGCCCAGGGGGACCUCUAGCGGGGUCUCUGCGGGGGUCUCCGCCGGCCGAGUGGGACCUCCAGCGGGGUCUCUGCAGGGGUCUCCACCGGCCCAGGGGGAUCCCUAGCAGCGUCUCUGCGGGGGUCGCUUGGCACCCACAGACGGCCCCCACGUGGCGCACCACGCCCCGCCCCCACGUCACGUGCCGCGCGUGCGCAGUGUCUCCGCCCCGCCCUGCUCGCGCGGCCCGGGCUGCACGUGCUGGGUCUGACGUCAUUGGCGGCGCGAGGCGAGGUCCUGCCCUUCCGAUGGCCUCACGGCGCAGGACCCGGUCCCGGGGGGCAGCCUCCAGCUCGGGCUCCUCCGGGGCUACCGGUACCGGCUCCAGCUCCGGGCCCAGCUCCAGACCCUCCCCUUCACCGCCAGCCCCCAGCAGCCUGGACCUCAGCAGCGACUCCGGCAGCGAUUUCGAGGCCACUCUGAGACCUUCUGCCAAGCGCCGCCGGCGGCAGCCUCCUGCCCACGUCCCGAAGCGCCCCAGGCAGGAGCAUUCCAGCCCAGUGCCCAUCGACUCUGACUCUAGCACCCUCUACCAGGCUGUGCUGUCUGCCACGGCCGACCUGGAGACACUGGCAGAUGAGUGGCUGGAGACCUACCAGGGGAACCAGGAGAAAGGGUUCCUGGAGCUGGCAAACUUCCUGGUGCGCUCCUGCGGCUGCAGAGGUGUGGUGACCCCCAAGAUGCUGCAGGAGCUGCAGAGCUCGGAGCUCAUCCAGCAGCUGACGCAGGACUUUGCUGAGGUGAUGCCAGGUUGGGGUUGGUUGGCGGCUGGCACCAGGCUGCCUUUGGGCCCCUGUGCCUACCUUGUGCUGCCCACCCAGGAAUCGCCUGAGUACCCUCUGUCCAUGGGCACCCAGCCCUGGCGCCGCUUCCGUGUGGGCUUCUGUGGGCUGCUGGCAGCAGUGGUUCGGCGCUGCCGCUCCAGUGCCAUCUUUGAUGGCUUCCUGAUGCCCACCCUGGUGGCACUGCUGACCUGCCUCGCAGACUCCCAGGUCAGGGCUUUCCGCCACACCAGCACCUUGGCAGCUGUGAAGCUGCUGACAGAGUUGGGCGAGGUGGCACUGGGCAUCGGCCUGCAGAGGGACGGCGACAGGAGGCACCUGGAAGCUGAGCUGGGCAAGGAGCCUGGGCACAGGGCAGCUGGCAGGGUGGAGGCGCUGCUGGAGAGGAGCCAGGAGCUGCAGGAGCAGCAGCAGGAGGUGGAGGACCUGAUGAAUGCCAUCUUCAAGGGGGUCUUCGUGCACCGUUACAGGGAUGUGGUGCCCCAGAUCCGUGCCAUCUGCAUGGAGGAGUUGGGCAUCUGGAUGAGAAGCUUCUCGGCCUCCUUCCUCACCGAUGGGCACCUCAAGUACCUGGGCUGGACCCUGCACGACAAGCAGGGGGAGGUGAGGCUGCAGGUGGUGAAGGCUCUGCAGGGCCUCUACGGGCACCCUGGCACUGCUGCCCACCUGGAGCUCUUCACCAGCCGCUUCAAGGGUCGCCUGUUGGCAAUGGUGCUGGACAAGGAGCCUGAGGUGGCACUGGAGGUGGUGAAGCUGCUGACGAUGAUGCUGGACACCAUGGAGGAUGCCCUGUUGGAGGUUGACUGCUGCCAGGUGUACCCCCUGGUCUACGCUGCCAGCCGCCCCCUGGCCUCUGCCGCUGGCCUCUUCCUCUACCGCAGGCUGUUGGCAUCUGCUGGCGACACUCAGAGCUUCCUGCGCCUGCUGCUCGACUUCUUCCUGGAGAGCCAGCUCCACGAGCAUGCAGCCUACCUGGUGGACAGCCUCUGGGACUGCGCCGGUGCCAGGCUGAGAGACUGGGAGGGCAUCAGCAGCCUCCUGCUGCAAGCGGCACCCCCCGAGGGCCUGGCACCCCCCCAGGAGCAGGCCCUGGUCCAGGUCCUGGCUGCCAGUGUGGCACAGGCAGCCCAGGGGCAUCCCCCAGUGGGCAGGGAGCCCCUUAAGAAGCCCUCAGCGCAGCUCCGCAGGGCACAGGCAGAGGAGAGGACUCGACUCAGCCUCUGCCUUGUGCCAGUCCUGCCACAGCUGCUGGCAAAGUUCUCUGCCGAUGCAGAGACAGCGACAGCAGUGCUGGAGCUGGUGCCCAGCCUGGAGCUGGCAUCGUGCCGCAGCCGCCGACUUGAGAGGCACCUGCAGCUGUUGCUGGGGCAGCUGCAGGAAGUGGUACAGAAGCACUCUGGGAAGGGGGUGCUGGGCGCUGCCUCCCGUGCCCUCCAUGCUCUCUGUGCCCCCGAGCUGCCCACCAGGCCCCACGCAGACCUGGCCCUGGGCAUCCUGGCAGAUCAGCUGGCAGAGAGGUGCCAGGCAGGCAUUGCUGAGCUGCUGCAGGCUGCGUCCCUGGAUGAGGAGGAGCUCUACAGCCUGGCAGCUGUACUCAGGAGGACUUCAGCCCUCUUCAGUGCCCACGACCUGACCCCCUGGCAGAUCUUUGAGCCCUGUGCCAAGCUGCUGCAGUAUGCUGCGGACACAGGCGAGGUGCCAGGGCAGGUCCUGGUGCCAACCAUCUCCUGCCUCCACUUCCAUCUGCUCUGGGAGCUCUCGCGGCUGCCCAGUGCCAACGUCCCCAAGGAACAGCUGCAGAGCCUUAGGAGCAAAGCUGGCACCUUCUGCUCCUUGUGCCAGGGCUGCCUGGCAGACCCUGACAGCAGCGUUCAGGAGCAGGCCUUCAUGGUGCUUAGCGACCUGCUGCUGGUGCUGGGCCCGAGGUUGGCACAAGGUGACAGGGAGGAGCUGCAGCCCUUGGUGCUGGUGCCCGAGGCUGGGCUCCAUGCCCAGAUGGCAGCCUUUCUCGUGGACCACAUCUUCAACCAUGGGCACCACCAUGGGCACGAGGAGGCUGUGCCCCCCGAUGGCACCGGGGGUGCCCUGCAGGAGUUGCACCAACGCCGCCUGCUCCUGGCAGGCUUCUGCAAGCUGCUGCUGCAGGAGGUGCUGGAGCUGGGCGCUGCCACCGACCUCUUCAAGCACUAUGCCAAGUUCUACAGCGACUACGGAGACAUCCUGAGGGAGACCCUGGGCAGUGCCAGGCGCAGGGACAGGCAGGGCUGGGGCAGGACCCUCCUGCUCAGCCUGCAGCAGGCGCUGUCGGAGCUGCUGCUGCAGCAGGGUCCGGGGGUCGCGGCCGGCGAAGGCUUCUCGGAGCUGCUGCUCCUGGCUCGGCGCUUCUCGGCGCUGCUCAGCCAGGACCGCGCAGCGCUGCUCGCCCUGCUCCGGGAGGGGAUUCGCUUUGCCCUGCAGGACCCCCCCGGGCCGGGGCAGCCCCCCCUCAAUUUGCCCUUUCUGGAGGUGCUGAAGGAGCUCUCGGCCAGGCUGCGGCGCACGGAGCGGGGGGAGAUCCUGGCCUACCUGGAGCAGCAGUGCCAGGAGUGGGGGGCACUGCCCUCCUGGCCGCCCCUGGCCUCCUACCGCCGCUGGCUGCAGGGUGAGGAGGGGGCCCCCAGCAGCCGCCCCCCACCCAGGAGACGCCGCCCUGAUGAUUCCAGCCCCUGGCCGAGCACGCCCCCAGCCAGCCCCGCCCUGACCAGCACCGCGCUGAGGGGGGGACCCCAGCCCCGACCCGCCCUGUCCUGGGACUCCCUGAGUAGCUCCCAGCUGCGACGCCGCAGUGAGGCCCAGCGACUCAGCCUGAUGGAGGAGGAGGAGGAAGAGGAAGUGCAGGAAGAGAGCAGCUUGGAGCCUCUGCAGGAGCCCUCCGAGCUGGGCAGGGCUGCGCUGGGCUCCCAGGACCGGCUCCAGGACCUCUUUGACUCCAGCAUCCUGGGCAUCGAGGAUGCUUGAGUGAGGACCACCCCCAGCACAAACCAGCGUGGUGCCAGUUUGGUGCCAGUUUAUUCCUGCAGUUCAGUUUGGUACCAGUUUGGUGCCAGUUUAUUGCUGCAGCUCAGUUUGGGGCCAGCUAAUAAAGCUCCGUUUGAGUUCA